CAAGAAUACACAUUUCAACUAUCCUCGUAUCUCUCGCCUUCGAAUUCUUCUCGAGAACUUAGUGGUCAAUAAUAAUGGCGAGCUCGGCCCCCAUCGGCGAAUCCUCACAGGCAGGCUCAUCCUCUUCCGCUCCCCAGUCUUCCCCCGGAGCUUCAAGAGAUGGUCCUCCACCAGCAAUUAUUUGCAUUGGCAUGGCCGGCUCCGGAAAAACUACCUUCAUGCAGCGCCUAAACGCCCAUCUCCACGCCCAGAAACAGCCACCAUACAUAAUCAACCUUGACCCCGCCGUAAAAACUGUCCCCUUUGCCCGGAACAUCGACAUCCGCGACAGCGUAAACUACGAAGAAGUGAUGAAGCAAUACAACCUCGGCCCCAACGGCGGAAUCAUGACAUGUCUGAACCUCUUCGCGACCAAGGUCGACCAGGUAAUUGGAAUUCUCGAGAAGCGCGCACCCUCGAUAAAUUCCAUCCUCGUGGACACACCAGGUCAGAUUGAGUGCUUUGUCUGGAGCGCUAGCGGAGCGAUCAUAACCGAUGCAAUUGCUUCGGGGUUUCCUACUGUCAUUGCCUACAUUAUUGAUACGCCCCGGACUAAAGCUCCCGCAACGUUCAUGAGUAAUAUGCUCUACGCUUGCAGUAUCCUCUACAAGACGAAAUUACCGAUGAUCCUGGUGUUCAACAAGACUGAUGCGCAGGAUGCAGAUUUUGCGAAGGAGUGGAUGACGGAUUUUGAGGCUUUUCAAAGAGCGCUGCAGGAAGAGGAGGGGAAUGAUGAUGGUGUUGGCGGGAGCGGGUAUAUGGCUAGCUUGUUGAACUCUAUGAGUCUUAUGCUUGACGAGUUUUAUAAGCAUUUGGAUUUGGUGGCGGUUAGUGCUAUGACGGGCGCUGGGGUCGACGAAUUCAUGAAGGCUGUUGAGGGAAAGUGUUUGGAGUAUGAGAAGGAUUACAAGCCGGAGAUGGAGAGGGCUAGGAAGCGCCGGGAGGAGCAGAAGCUUGAGGAGAAGGAGAAAGAGUUGGGAAGGCUGAUGAAGGAUAUCGAUGUUGGCGACAGUGGGAAGAAAAGGGAGGAGCCAGCGGUCAUGAGCGAUAUCGAGUCGAGUGAUGAGGAUGCGGGACAGGGCAUACUGGAGAGGGACGAAGACGAAGAAAUGGAGGAUGAGGAGGGAUUGCAGAAAAAGCACGAGCGUAUUCGAGUUUGAAACGCUAC